CUUGCGGACGAUAUUGUCAUUCAUUCUGAUACUUUCUGACUACAAACAUCUCAAUAAUAACAAUUAUAAUCGUAAUAAUAUUAAUAGUAAUAAUAAUAAAUGUUGUAGAUAAUAUUCAGGAAAUAAACUAGUGAUCACUUCUUUUGCUUAAAGUUAUGGUGCUAAAUGACCACGAGGUUCUAAGCCUCGUGGAUUUCAAUGAUUGUAUUUAUUAGUGUUGAGUGAUUUAUAGAAUAAUAGUUAUUGUUUAAACAAAAUGCCAAAUUCAAGCGCCGUAUCAACGAAUCGUGUGAUAAACAAUACACUUAGGGACCAAUUUAACCAAUUAAAUGAUAACCAAUUAAAAUAAUAAAUGGUCCAACUAAACUAUUUUUACGACCAAUUGUAAUUUUAUAAAUAAUUAAAUCGAAAUAAACGUAAAUGUAUAAUUUAGAAUGGGCAGAAAAAUCGUGACACUUAUGAAGGAAGCGGAAAUAAAUAAUUCCGCAGACAUUAUCCUUAAGUUAAUAUUUACAACAGUAGAAUAUAUUAAAUUAGUGUACGAAGGGUCAGGCUUACUGAAAAUAACUUUUGAGUUUAUAAAAAAUAAUGCGGAAAUUGCGUUCGACCUUCAAGAGGUCGCGUACCCCGACUGGAGCGGAAAUGAAAUCACAAUCGAGUUUAGAAGUUCCAAAACAAGUUCGCUCGGCUUCGUUCGAUGAAAUUCAGUUGGAAGUCAAACGAUUUGAUCAAAAAGAAAUGCGUCAAACAGGUGGUGCUAGUGGGACUUUGGGCUUGGGUCCAGGUUCUGGUCCCGGUCAAGGUCCAGGUCCAGGAUUGGGCUCAGGUCUUGGACCGACUCCUGGUAGUCCAGGGCACAGUUUGGACCCGAAAAAAUCAACGCUACGCGUUCCCCAGCUUCAGACUAAUCAGAGAUCGAGGUCAUUUGACAUGUACGAAAAAACAUCAUUGCUGCCAACGUCAUCACGGUCAUCAAUGUCAGCUGCCUCGCGUAAGAGUGAUCUGAUAAGUGUGCCAGCGACCUGCUAUCACUGCAUCUGUGUCGAGGAAUACAAAAGGCUAUAUUUGUCUGACAAAACUGAUUCGGAUGAUGAUUCAACCGGUAGCGGGCACCUCAGGGCAUAUGACAACCCGGAUGAUUACGACGCAGAUGAUGAUCUCCCGCGUUCUGAUGCUUCUGACAGAUCCGAGUCAGCUCUGGAUGAUGACAAUGAAGCCCAGAGGGAAGGCAGCCCUGAGAUACGAGUGACGCUUAUGAAUUUUGAUGCAUACAAUGACGUGGAUGCUAGUUCUGAUGAGGGUAUAAAAGUCGAGUUUGUUCCCAUGGAUCGACCUAGGAGACUAUCACGCCAGGAAGCGCUUACCACUUUCCCGAUUGAUCUCCCGUCAAUUCUGGGCCCUGAUGACGAUGACGAUGACGAGGAUGAUGACGGAGAUGACGAAGAGGUUGAGAAAGCCAAGCUCGUGGUCAGGGAUAUCUUUCUUACGGUACCGGAAUUGAAGAGGGAUCGCGCUGCUUCGGUCGACUCGUGUUUCAAUAGCGCCAAGAGCUGCCAAAGUGACGACAGCGGAUGCUUGGCAGUUCCCCAACAGAACACCAGGUCCAAAAGUGUUGACAUUGUUCUCCCGACUGACCAGCAGACAAGAUACACAGCUUUGCUGCCGGUUAAAGACGACAGAAGAGGAGGACGGGGUGAUUCCGGGGCAUCUAGUAGCCGCGAAUUGCGUUCGAUUCCUGAUUGGAGCGCCGAUGCAAUAAAUGGGGAGCAUCUGUGGGUAAGCACAUCUGCUUCCGGUGAAUUCUGUUACGUAAAUGACUGCACGAAACAUGGGCCACGAGUUAAAUGUUCAGCAUGCCGGGUAGUAGCGCAUACUCUCUGCGCUUCAAGUUUAAAUUUUUUAUGCAAGUCAUCAUUCCGUGACGUUGACGUAAGACAAUACCGUGAAGAAACGUCGACGCAGCAUCACUGGGUCCAUAGACGUUCCCAAAAAGGCAAAUGCGCCAACUGUUCAAAAGCUUUUCAAUCAAAACUGUCCUUCAGCUCGAAAGAAAUCGUUGCCGUUUCUUGCAGCUGGUGCAAGUCCGCGUACCACAACCGGGAGUCAUGCUUCAAUGUUGAGAAAAUUGGGGAGAACUGUGACUUAGGGAUCCACGGUCUUAUCAUCGUUCCGCCCGCUUGGAUCGUCAAGCUCCCCCGCAAAGGUCUUUUCAAAAGCAGCCUUCGUAAAUCCCCGCGAAAACGAAAGUCAACGAAAGGCGAAACAGCCGACGAAAAUGGUUCCACGCGUUCCAAAAGCAAAGAUGGAUCGUCGGAUGACUCAAAAGAGAAAGACAAAGACAAAGAGAAAGUGAAAGAGAAACUCUGGGUAGUCAAGCCCAUUCCCUCCCCAGCGCUAAGGCCCGUUAUCGUUUUUAUAAAUCCCAAAUCCGGAGGUAACCAGGGCCUGAAAUUGCUACAAAAGUUCCAGUGGCUACUGAACCCUAGGCAGGUUUUCGAUUUAUCGCAGGGUGGACCUAAAAUGGGCCUUGAAUUGUUCCACAAAGUUCCCAAUUUACGAAUCCUUGCUUGCGGGGGAGACGGAACCGUUGGAUGGGUCCUUUCAGUUCUAGAUUUCAUUGGCGUAUUUCCCCCACCUGCGGUCGGAGUCCUUCCUCUGGGAACUGGAAACGAUCUUGCGCGUGCUCUAGGCUGGGGCGGAGGUUACACAGACGAGCCAAUUGCUAAAAUCCUAACUAAUAUCGGGGAAAGUGACACGGCGCUUCUAGACCGGUGGAAAGUUACUGUUGAAAAAAAUCCAGAUGCGACUGCUUCGGAGGAUGACAGCAGAGCAAAAGAAAACUUACCCCUCAAUGUCGUUAAUAAUUACUUUUCUCUGGGAGUCGACGCGCACAUCGCGUUAGAGUUCCACGAAGCGCGCGAAGCUCAUCCGGAAAAAUUCAAUUCGCGGUUUCGGAACAAAAUGUUUUAUGGGCAAAUGGGCGGAAAGGAUUUAGUCCGUCGCAAGUGGAAGGAUUUGUCCGAAUACGUUACCCUGGAGUGUGACGGGCAGGAUGUCACGCCAAAGUUGAAGGAACAUCGGGUCCACGCGAUAGUUUUCCUGAAUAUUCCAUCCUACGGCGGCGGAACUCGUCCCUGGGGCGGAGGUUCUGGGACCAAGGAACCCUCGACAUCCGACGGGCUUCUAGAAAUCGUGGGGUUGACUACCUACCAGUUGCCGCUGCUGCAGGCUGGUGGUCACGGAACCCCAAUUGCUCAGUGCAGCCACGCGCGAUUAGUCACCACCAGGACGAUCCCCAUGCAAGUUGAUGGAGAAGCUUGUCGUGUCUUACCUUCAAUCAUGGAGAUAAAGCUCCUCAACCAGGCGACCAUGCUGGUGAAGAGCCGCGGGAAAUCUACGGCCAAAACCCAAGGUGACAAACUCGAGAGCUUGAAGCUGCAGAUAAUGAGAAUCAAGAUGAGAGAUUAUGAGACUUUUCACUCGGAUAAGGAUCGACUUAUUGGUGCUGCUGUCCCUCUGACUCCCGAACCUCUGGACCUCGACGCAACCAUGGACUUGGAGUCGCUCAGGAAGCUGCUGGCUAAGGAUUACAAUAUGGACAACUCCUGUUUUCUUGACUCCUGCACGGCCGAACGAUUCUUCAGGAUCGAUCGCGCCCAGGAACAGUUGCACUACGUAACGGACGUCGCUUCUCAAGCGGUGUUUGUUCUGGAAGAAGAUGUAGCGAGUCAUACCGAGGAUGCAGCUAAAGUAGACGCCGCUACACCCAGCGAAGAACGUCAGAAUACUUUAAAGACGAAAACGAAAGCACCUGAACCACCAAAAGCUGAAAGUAUUCAACGGGAUGAAAGUAUUAAUGUAGAGGGUAAAAGUAUUAAUUUAGAUGAGCGUAAUGUAGAAAAUGAAAAAGUUUUAACUAAGAGUAUAAAUAAAAGUAUUAAGCCGGUAGUGGGUAAUGUAGAUGAGGAUAGUCAAGUAACACAACGACAGCAUCAUAAAUCUGAUAACGAUAAUGUUAAUGAGGAUAGUGUACAAAAAAAAGAACAAAAACCUAAACAGAGUUCCUCUAAAUCAACUUCUGCUCCUGAACGACCUAAUCAAGGAAAUUCUGCUUAUAUCAGUGCCCGAGACAGGCUUUUUAGUCUAUCACCAGAAGUUCAAUUAGGCACUAGUGCACUAUUAGAAAAGCCGUCGGAUGGUAUAAUUCGUGCCGCCAAAACCGGUGAUCUGAAAACCCUGAGAGAACUACAUCAACAUGGAUAUUCAUUGCUAUCAAUAGACGCUAAUGGACAAACGGCUCUACAUCUUGCUGCCAGACAUGGAUACAAAGACAUUGUUAGGUAUUUGAUAGCAUGCGCGCCACCAACUAUACUCAAUAUGGUUGACAAUGAUAAAGGACAAACGGCGCUACACAAAGCAGCACAACAAAAACGUCGUACUAUCUGUUGCAUGUUAGUUGCUGGUGGUGCGACAUUGACUAUACGAGAUCGUCAUGGUGCUACACCACGUGACUUGGCAUUGACGUCUGACGAUCGAGAUCUCGCUGCUUAUUUACAUAGUCAAGAACAAUUUCAUUUAGAUACUGAAGACAUGCUGAAUCUUCCCUGACCUAUUGAGGUACACUAACGACACUUAAUUAUUAUCGAUAUCUUUCUCAAUAGAUAUAUAGGCAUAUAUUUUAUUCCAUUAAAAUCUAUUUAUAUUACACGACGUCUCAUCAUCAUAUUUUUAAUUAUACACUCACAUAUAAAUAUAUAACUAUAUUUGUAUAUAUGUGUCUAUUACAUAUAUACAUAUAUAAACAUAUAUAUAUAUUUUUUUUUAAUAAUAAUCGACAUCACGGAUUUUAAUUCCUCUUAUAUUUAUUAAAUAAACAAUUAAUUAUUUAAGAUAACGUGAUACAGUAAAGUGUAUACAUAUAUAUAUCCAUAAAUAUAUAUAUGUAUACAUCUAUAAUCGUAUAGAAUGAUAGGAAAUUGAAUGCCCUUUCAAAUGAAUACCCACAAGCUAUACUUAUUUUCAAUUUUUUUUAUAACAUAUACAUAUAUAUUUAUUGAUAUAUAUAUAUGACUUUUAAAAUAUUUAUAAUAAAUAUGGCAUGUGGGUACUCAUUUUAAAGGGCAUUUAAUUCUCUAUUACAAUAUGGACUCAAAUACAUAUAUAUAUAUAUAUAUAUAUAUGUAUAUAUAUAUGAGUAAUUGUUUUUCAAACACAGGGCAUACGUAAAAUUUAUAUAGACUUAAGUAAUUAAAUUAAUUAUACAUAAAUAUUUAAAGAAGUAGAAGACAAAAUAAAAAAAAAAGUCGCAAAGAUUUUUUUUGUCGCAUAUCUUUGUCGUAUUAAUUAAUUAGGAUUUCAAAUAAAAGAUAAUUAAAUUUAUAAAUGAGUAUCCUCUAUUUUGAGCUCACAAUUAAAUAUCAAUUAAUUUUUUUUUAUUAAUUAAUUAAUUAAUUGAUUAAGAAAUAUUUCGAGGUUUGACGAAUAUUUUGAUAAUUUCAUUUUAAAAUUAAUAUUCUGGCGAAACUAUCAGAGAUACGGUAAAAAUUUACUGGAAUAAAAUUGUAGACAAUUAAAUUCUCUACAAAAAAGAUCUCGUGCGAUUUUUAUCUAAUCUCAAUAGUUUGGCCAGAAUAAAUGAAAAUAUAAAUUUUUACCUUAAAAACAAACAAAAAAUCAAACCUCAUAAAAUAUAUGAGAAUGUGCGGAAAGACAAAGUUUGAUUACAAUUAAUUACAUAAUUAAUUACAUGAUUAAUUUAGUAAUUAAUUAUAUUUAUUAUCGUUGAUUUUUAAAAAAAGAAAUUUUUUUUUCAAAUUUUAUUUUGAAUAAAAAAAUGAAAUUAAAAAAUACAUAUCGAUAUAUUUCUAAAAAUAUAAAUACAUAUAUAUAUUAUAUAAAAUACAAUUAUUUUAGAAUCUCAUAUAUUUAAAAAAAAAUAUCAGAACCAAUUUAAAAAAAGAAUUCAAAUUUAAAAUUUUUUCUAAAAAUUUCAAGUAUUUUUAAAUUUCCCGCUUUUUUUCAAUUUCUAUAAAUCGCGGGAUUUUUUUGUAACUUAAAUUUUUAAAUUUUGUCCAAAAAAUCCAUGACUAAAAACCUACAAAUUAACUUUAAAAAAAUAUUUAAUAUUUAAAAUUUUAAAUCGUGAAAAAAAAAAAAUUAUAAAUUUUCUUAUUUAUUUUUAAAAAAUUCCAUUUAUCUACUAAAUUUUUUACAAAAAAAAAAUUUUAUUAUCUUAAAAAAAACCUCAAUCACUAGACUUCUAUUUAUUUAAUGGAAUGGCGAGAAGGAACAAAACAAAAUGGCGGAAUAACAAAAAAAACCAAACAAAUAAACGUAACCUAAAAAAAAAAUUCCAAUUGGCCAAAAAAAAAAAAAAAAAAAAAAAAAUUUAGCAGAAAAUGUAAUAAAAAAAAAUAAUAAA